ACAAAAAUUCGAACUACCCGAUUGACAUUUAAUGUGCAAUAAAAAUUGGGGUUAUGUUUUUAAAUUUGACAAUUUCAAUAACAUUUCUUCAAGUUAUAACACUAAAGUCAUGGAAAAUUGGCGAAAAUGUAUAAUAGAUCAGUUACAAGAGCGAAAUAAAAAUCAAACGCAAUGUUUUCAAGAGUUAAUCUUGCAAAAUAAUAAAUUGUUUGAAAAUGCUAACGUUUUACGUAGCGAAAACCUUAAAUUACGAAUAGGGGCCUUAUCGGCUGGCAGUAACAGUUCAAUAGCUUCCGAUGGGAAAUUAUCGGAGAAAAUUCAACAUUUGGAACAAAAACUUUUGAUGCAACAAGAAGAGUUAACAGAGUUACAUCGAAGGAAAGGUGAAAAUUCUCAACAAAUCAUCGAUCUGAAUGUGUUGGUACAAGAGAAAGAUAAAGCUUUACUAAAUAGAGAAACUAGUUUAAAUGAGCAAAAAGCGGCCAAUAAUACUCUUAAAGCAGAAAUUAGAAUGUACGAAACUAGCAAAUUGGAAUUAGAAAAUUUAAAUCAAAUAUUACGAGAUGAACACCAAGCGUUACAACUUGCUUUUUCAUCCUUAGAAGAUAAAUUACGAAAAGCUCAGAUGGAGAACAACCAACUGGUUGAAAGACUGAUAAAAUACAAGGCUAAAGAUGCUGAUAAAAUGAAUGAAGAAAAUGAUAAUUUUUUAAAAAAACGUAACGCGAAAAUGCAAAAAGAACUGGAAGAAGCGUGUCGUGAUACCCGUGGAAUAUCACCUGAAGAUUUAAAGGAAGGUGCUGGACCCACAUACCACUCUGUACUGCCAACGAUAGCUGCUAUAAAAUUCGAUGCGCAUGACGGUGAAGUUAAUGCAGUUCGAUGGAGUCCUGUAGAUAGAAUUUUAGCAACUGGCGGUGCUGAUCGCAAGGUAAAACUAUGGGAUAUUUCAAAAGGGUCUGAAGGACGACCAGGUACUUCGGAAUGUCGAGGUGUGCUGGUAGGAAGUAACGCUGGAGUUAUGUCCGUGGAUUUUGACUCAACUGGAACGAUGAUCAUCGGGGCUUCCAACGAUUACGCCAGCAGGGUGUGGACGUUAUCCGAUAUGAGAUUAAGGCACACGUUGACCGGCCACUCGGGAAAGGUUAUGGCAGCGAAAUUCUUGGGAGAACCGUCCAAAGUUGUGACCGGGAGCCACGAUCGCACGUUGAAAAUUUGGGACCUAAGGAGUCGAGCAUGUAUAGAAACGAAAUUUGCUGGUUCGAGUUGUAACGAUUUAGUAACUGCAGAUGGAUCCGGAUCAACAAUAAUUAGUGGGCAUUUUGAUAAAAGGAUACGAUUUUGGGAUACGAGAUCUGAUUCUGGACCGAGAGAAUUCGUUUUAAAUGGAAAAGUUACUUCGCUGGAUUUAACAAGAGAUGGAAAGUACCUUUUAAGCUGCGUAAGGGAUGAUACUUUAAAAUUAAUGGAUCUUCGUGUCAAUCAAGUGAUUCUAACAUAUAGUUGUGAUGGAUUUAAGGUUGGUUGCGACUGGUCAAGAGCAACGUUUAGUCCUGAUGGCCAAUACAUUGCUGUUGGUUCAGCGGAUGGAAGCGUUUACAUUUGGGGCGUGAAUACUGCGAAGGUCGAAACGAUUUUAAAAGAGCACACAUCUUAUGGCAUCUUCUCCAGGUCAGCCGUAACAGCCACCGCAUGGCAUCCAUACGCUUCAUUUUUAGUCAGCGUGGAUAAAACGAAAAAAGCGGUUAUUUGGAGUAAUGUCUAGUACCGAUUCGAUCAAAAAUUCGGACCACCACGUCAACAACGUGAUAUUUGCAGCCUUUCGAUACAGUACCAUUAAAAAGAAAACGAAAAUAAACAUCACCUCGGAAGACUUUUUUUUUAAUUUAAUCGUUUGUUUCUUAUUUUGGGGGAAGGUUUCCUUAUUAUUUAAUACAUAAAUCUGUUCAUAUAAACUCUUACAUAAACUAGUCUAUUUUUGUAGUCUUAUUAUUUCAGAUUAUAAUUUAAAUAAACUCACCUACAAUAAACUUAUUUGUAUAUA